AUCCGUACAGAUGGCGACGGUGUGACCAGUUGUGUCGAGUUGUACGUCGUGCUCAUGGAAGAGCAAGAGUCUUGUGCUAGUCGUCGGUCAAGCCUUGUUUGGUCCGAUGUCAAUCACGGAGGGACAAGAGAUUUCGACUCUCCAGCGGACGAAGAGCACUUCAAGAACUCGACGUGUGUUAACUCUUAAGUAGACUUAUUCGAAUUCCUGAACCUAUGUCAAAGUUUAAGUUUGCUGGACUGCCACUUCUAGACUGUAGGGAUGCGAUGCCAUGAACGAGGGGAGGUGGGUAAUUCGGCAAUCGAAGAUGCGCUCAAAAGUGGAAAACGCGAGGAGGCUCUCAAAAGCAUACGUUUUGUUGCCCUGAUAGAAUGUCGAUACCAAGCCGCGGUGUACACUGGAUCUCCAAGUGCCUGAAACAGGAUACCGUUUUAGUACUACAAGCGAGAACUGAAUCAUUUCCGAGGUUGAAAGUAAGACCCCGAUUGCAACCUGGGCAAGUGUCUUGCCAAACAAGCAGAGCUAUCUGUGUCAGGAGUAGCUCAGCUUGUCCAUGUAAACCUCAGAGCGUCUCAAGUCCUCGAUCUGAAGGCCAGAGGCCUGGAUCAAAUUGAAAUUAGUUUGCGCAAAUGUUCCCCUUUAAAGAUGCCCUCUCUUCCGAGAGAGUGGCAUAAUGGCUGCUUGAUGGCAAUUGCAGCUCAGCCUGGACUUCCCUUGGGAUGAAGUGAUAGCAGGACUGAAAGACGCGAUAUGUGCUCUGGAACAGGCCUUACACGAAGAAUCUUAUUAUAAUUGUCAUAGCCGCUUAUGGCUGGGACAUGAAUGCGUACUUGAUCAUGCUCAUCUGUCCACGGUUGGGAUAUUGGCAGGGAUAGCUCUGCAAUGACAUUGACGCCAAGAGAACAGAGGAGGUGACAACCAUUCGCUCGCACCCACGCACCAUCAGAUUCAAUCUUAAUUCAACUCUCAACCAAUCAUCUGAGAGGGGAAACAAAGUCGAGAAGUGAAUACGACUUUUUGCUGAACAUGCAAAACUGAUGAAAG